GCACGAAGAUGAGGAAGAAGAAAAAGCAUGAGAGACACAAAUCUAGAAGCACAACAGAAGUGUGUCAUUCUCUUCGUCUGCGGGGAGAAGAAGUAGUUGAUGGUGAGUUCUGAGGAUCUAGUUCCCUUCAUUUGUCAUUCUCUUCGAUUGGUUGACACCUCACGUUUAGGGAAAAAGAAGCACGACGUUCACCUGAGGGUUUCCUUGCGGGAAGAUACAGCAGUGCCGUCACAAGAGCCUCUAUCGUUUAGGGAAAGAAAAAGAAGGCAUCUGGAUGGACGAGUGUUUUAAAAGAAAUACAAAGAUUCUGGAUUCUGAAUUUAGAUGUAAUUGUCCAAACAUUGAAAGAAAAGAAGAUGAUGUAAUAUUGCCCAACCAUGUCUUUUAUCAUAAAUUUUGAAUUAGCUUUAUCCAUGGAAAUGAAUUAUCUCGAAUUUAAAUUUUAGUGAGAAUUGAUUGUUAAAAAAAGGAAAAAAAGAAUUUCUUUGUUUAAUUAGAGUCGAAGUUUCUUUGAGAAACUUUUAAGCUUUAAGUCACUUUCUCUUCAUUAUUGAUUGCACAAGUCAAAGGAUGUGGAAGCUCAUCCAUCUUCACACGCUAAUCUAAAAACAUAAAAUCUCAAGCAAAAGGGUGGACAGAGCAAGUAGCUAGAAAAGGAACCUUCAGUAAGGCUAGUGCAGAAAUGUUCAAAAGAAGAAAACUUCAACCUCCAUGCUCAUUCCUACAACAGCUUAGCUUCCAAGAAGUAUCGCCAACUCAACCUUUCUCACAAAUCUCUCCACCUAUAAAUACCAUUUUCUUCACCACCAUUUUCCAUAUCCAUCUUGUUUGCCUUGUCUAUUCUCUCCAUAUAUACUUUUCUUUUUCAAUCGACAAGUUCAUCAUUAUAAGCUAUUCAAUUCAUACAAUGACUAGCUUCAAGCUGAAUUCUCUUACAACAUUGCCCUCUUUCAUUGUUUUCCUUGUGUUUUGCUCAUCGGUUAAUGUCUCUUUCGCAUCCCUUAGAGUGGGAUUUUAUAGAUCAUCUUGUCCAUCGGCAGAAGCCAUUGUGAGAAAAGCAGUAAACAAAGCCGUGUCUCAAAAUCCAGGAUUGGGUGCUGGCCUGAUUAGGAUGCAUUUCCAUGACUGCUUCGUCAGGGGCUGUGAUGCUUCUGUAUUGCUGAAAUCCACGCCAGGAAACCCAUCAGAGAGAGAACAUGUAGCCAAUAAUCCUAGUUUACGAGGUUUUGAGGUUAUUGAUGAAGCAAAGGCUGAAAUUGAAGCCUUAUGUCCACAAACUGUGUCGUGCGCAGAUAUUCUUGCUUUCGCUGCACGUGAUAGUUCCUAUAAGCUUGGAGGGAUAAACUAUGUAGUCCCAGCAGGACGGCGGGAUGGACGUGUUUCUAGAGAGGAUGAAGUGGGACAAAACCUCCCUCCUUUUUUCUUCAACGCACAGCAACUCGCAGACAAUUUUGCCCGUAAAGGAAUGUCAGUGGAUGAGAUGGUGACACUGUCUGGAGCACAUUCCAUUGGUGUAUCACACUGCUCUUCCUUCUCUAGUCGUCUCUACAACUUCAAUGCCACUCAUGCUCAAGAUCCUUCCAUGGAUCCUAGGUAUGCAGCUUUCUUGAAGACAAAGUGCCCUCCACCUAGUGCUAAUAGAGUUGAUGGAGGUCCCACAGUUGCACUUGACCCUACCCCUAAUCGCAUGGACAAUAAAUACUACAUGGAAUUGAAGAAGAAUCGAGGAUUACUGACUUCGGACCAGACAUUGAUGAACAGUGCUUCCACACAGAUGAUGGUGGUGAACAAUGCAAGGAAUGCUGGAACAUGGGCUGCCAAGUUUGCCAAGGCAAUGGUACAUAUGGGUUCUCUCGAUGUUCUUACAGGAACCGAUGGUGAAAUCAGAAGACAAUGCAGUGCCGCGAACUAAUCUCAUCAUGUACAAUAUUUUUUGCUUCCUAGUCCUUUCUCUGAAUCUUUCGUUCAUUUGUUUUUAAAUUUUUUUAAAACAUUUCUUGUUUUUUCAACGGAAUUGUAAAGUUUCAAAAUGUGAUGUAAUACUCGAUUAUGACCAAUCAAUGCAA